AUGGAUCUUAACAUUCUAGCAAAACAGCUUAUUAAUGAGCUUGUCGAAAGAUGCCACAGUCGCUAUGGAUUUAGUUCCAUGACGUGCACCGUCUACGAUACAGCAUGGGUGUCUAUGGUUUCAAAGCCGGUCGAGGAUACACGAGUUUGGCUAUUUCCCGCGAGUUUUGAGUCCAUACUGCGCACGCAAAUACCGAAUGGUGGUUGGAAUGAGGGAACUAUAGAGACUGACAGCAUACUUGACACAGCAGCUGCAUUAUAUGCUCUUUGCAAGCAUCGCCGAGAUUAUAAGGAAGAUGAUCUAGAAGGGAGAAUUUCAAGCGCAGCACAUUUCCUGACUAAGCGUUUAAACAAGAUGGAUCUAUCUGGGAUACUUCCAUCUUUAUUGAAAAUCCGAGAGCAAAAGUUAGCUCGCAUCGAUUUUGACAAAAUAUAUAGAGGGGCAAAAUCAUCGAUCCUUCACUCUCUCGAGGCGUUUAUCGGCGAGGUCGACUUUGAUCGUCUAAGCCACCAUAAAGUUGUCGGUAGUAUGAUGGCUUCGCCGUCAUCUACCGCGGCGUAUUUGAUGAACUGCUCAACUUGGGAUGACGAGUCAGAGGAGUACCUUCGAUAUGUGGUAGAGACCAAAUCAGGAACGAGAACAGGAGAUGUUCCAAGUGCAUUUCCAUCUACUCUUUUCGAAACGUCAUGGGUUCUGUCUACAUUACUCGAAAGUGGUUUCACUGAGGAUGACUUGGGUCCGAGUCAACUGCAGAAAGUUAAGAAGUAUUUCAUGGAAUCGUUUACUUCUGGUUCAGGCUUGAUAGGAUUUGCUCCGCUAUUAGAGGCGGAUGCCGAUGAUACAGCAAAAGGUAUAACUAUGAUGAGCUUGCUAGGAGUCCCGAUAUCUGUGUCGCCACUCAUUGAGAGAUACAGUGAUGGUGAGAAAUUUCGAACUUACAGCAAUGAGAUAACCGCAAGUAUAUCUACGAAUAGCAAUGUCCUGACCGCCAUGUGUAUGGCUCCUCUGGAGAAUAGGCAUCGGCCAGCGAUUGAGAUGGUUGUGAAGUUCCUUUGUGAGACAUGGUGGAAGAAUUCUCAUAAUAUCCGAGACAAAUGGGUAAGACCGGAUCCUGCUGAUAUAUCUCUCCACAAGUACCUUGGAUUAUACGAUAAAGACUAUAUUGCACGCAGGGGCGGGAAACUGCAGCCAAGGCGGUUUUCUGGAGUUUCCGCCACACUACAUGAUGCUGUUAUCGUACUCUUUCAGAGCCUGUCAUUUUUACUCGUGGCUCAGAGGGAAGAUGGUUCCUGGCAAGGCAAGCGCGAGAGCACAGCAUUAGCAGUGAUAACUAUCAACAUCGUCGCAUCUUUGCCAAUCGUUAGACCCCUGCUCGGUCAAGUCAAAACAGCAAUUGAUAACGGAUGCAUGUUUCUAUCCAGAAAUUUGGAGUCCAAGCCGGAGCGCAUAUGGAUCGAGAAGGUUACUUACGGCUCGCAAUAUAUAUCGGAUGCGUUCACUCUUGCAGCACUAAGAUAUUCGGACCAGGACUUCGUCACCAACUUGGAAACAUCGGUUACAGGUACACUGGAUGCUAUCUUGAAGCCUUUGAAAUUCUUUCGGCAGUUGCCUAUGUUCUCAUGUACGCCUGAAUGGUCCACGGUAGCAUCAUUGAUCGAAGGUUCACUCUUCGAAAGCCUAUUGCGCAAGGCAUGCUUCGAAGUGUUCCCUGAUAAUCUAAGCGGCAAUGAGUCGCACUUCUCAUUCAUCCCUUUCACCUGGACGUCGGGUAACAACCUCCAUUCUAGGCCCCUUACACCUGGUAUCAUGUUGGAAAUGAUGAUCAUAUCCGCUUUGGCCUAUCAAAUGGAUGAGUUUAUUGAAAGCAAGGUGGCAAAAUUGUCAAUCGAAUCUGUCAAGUCACUCAGAAAAUCGGUUAUGCAGUUAUUCGACGAAGUAAUAAGCAAAACCCCAGACGUAUUAGUCAAGAACGCUGGACCAUUGCCGUCAGACUCCCUUGAAUUACAUCAAGUAUGUGGAGUCUUCAAGGCCUUUAUCUCUUACAUAUGGUAUGCUCCGUACAAUCGGAUCGCAACUCAGAACAGCCGAGCGCAAUUACGAAUCGCAGUGGAAGACUUCUUAAUUGCGCAUCUAACCCAGACAGAAGAUAACUAUUACUUGGCUAGGCAAAGCCGGAGUGAACAACUCAAUCGCAAGUUCCUCCAACCCCCGAAGUCGUCGCUUCUUGAUUGGGUGCGUACCACCUCAGGAGAUCACACUGCCGGCCCCUUCGCCUUUACGGCAUUUAUCAGCAUGUUGGGAAAUGGGACCGACUGUCUCAAUUCACCUUUGGCAAAAUACGUUGCGCAAGACGUUUCUCGACACUUGGCAGCGCUCUGCCGACUCUACAAUGACUUCGGCUCUGUGACACGCGAUAUGGCGGAAGGCAACCUAAAUAGCGUCAAUUUCCCCGAGUUCGGUGCUGAACUAGAGAUCGCAAAGAAGGAUUUGCUGCGAAUAGGAGAGUAUGAACGCCGGUGCCUAAACCAGUCGUUAGCUGAGUUGCGGCCGUUGGUGGAUGAGGCUGUUUUUGCUUCCUUGCAGGUCUUCUGUACUUCGGCAGAUAUGUACGGUGAAAUGUAUGUCAUAAAGGAUUUAACGCCGGCUAUCAAGUGA